GCGUGGAAGCGUGGAGCGCACGUAGCGCGUCAGUCCAGGAAGUGAAGUGUCCGGUGUGUGUUGACGGUGCAGCAGCAAAUACGUGUCAGUCCGAACCUGCAGGAGCCUGCUGAAGAUACAACAUCACACCUCUGCAGAUACACCUCGCACACACACACACACACACACACACACACACACACACACACACCUUGGAUGAUGGUGGACUUCACACUGGCUCAAGUGGGCAAGAAUCUGAGUGAAGCUAUGAGGCUGCUGGGAGACGGACAGAGAGAGUUGGAGACGGGAACAGAAAUCCGACGUUUCAGCAGAACCAGCAUCCCUGGACCCCUGCAGGGAGAUGGUCAGGAUGUUGCCACUAUACUGCACUUAGUUCACAACCUCCUUCAUGAAGAGGAAGAGAAUGAGGACCAGCCCAGCCGACAUAGGAUGCAGAAUGUGGGUGAACAGGGUCACAUGGCGCUGCUGGGUCACAGCCUGGCAGCCUACAUCUCAGUUUUGGACAGAGAGCGACUGCGGAAGCUGACUACUCGGAUCCUGUCGGACACCACACUCUGGCUCUGCAGACUUUUCAGGUAUGAGAAUGGUUCGGCCUGCUUCCAUGAGGAUGACAGAGAUGGCCUAGUCAAAGUGUGCCGGCUGGUCAUCAAUGACCGCUAUGAAGAAUAUGCCUCUGAAGGUUAUGCAGUUCUCACCUCCAAACAGCCCGUCAUCUACCAGAGUGCUUCCUGCAGGCCUGGUCUGGGACAGCACCUGUGCAGCCAGCUCGGCCUGCCUCUGUCCAGUUUGUGCACAGUCCCAUGCAACACCAUCUUUGGCUCCCAACACCAAAUGGAUGUUGCCCUGUUGGACAAACUCAUCAAAGAGGACAUAGACGCUGGAAAGCUUCCCUUGCUGUUGAUUGCCAAUGCAGGCACCCCUGGGGCCGGCCACACAGACAAGCUGGGCCGUCUGAAGGACUUGUGUGACCAGUACAACAUGUGGCUUCAUGUGGAGGGGGUCAACCUGGCAACCCUGGCACUGGGUCAGGUCACCUCUGCUGUGAUGGCAGCUACCAGAAGUGAUAGUAUGACACUGACACCAGGCCAUUGGCUGGGACUGCCUGCUAUAUCCGCUGUCACCCUCUACAGGCAUGAGGACCCAGCUCUGUCUUUGGCAGCAGGUUUGACCUCCAGCCAACCUGUGGAGAAGCUGCGAGCGCUGCCUCUCUGGCUCUCCCUGCAGUAUCUUGGUCACAAUGGAAUCGUCCAGAAGAUCAAGCACGCCACUACUCUGAGCCAGCAACUCCUGCAGAAACUUAAAUCUCUGGCUUCUAUCAAAACAUCGGUGGAGGAUGAAAACAACUCUCCCGUGGUGUUGUUCAAGUUUUCCCAGGAAAUGAGUGCUGCAUCUAGUGGAGGGUCAGUGGAGGGAUACUGUGCUGGGGAGAAAGAAGUCCUUGAUACAUUCAACAGAUGGCUGGGUGAACAGUUAGCACAGUUGGUUCCCACCAGUGGAGUAGAUGUGGUGGAGCUUGACGACGAGGGUAUCUGCAUUCGCUUCAGUCCCCUCCUGACGGCUGCAGUCCUGGGGACCCAGCAGGAGGAUGUUGAGGAGCUGGUGGAGAAGCUGACUGAGCUUGUGCCUGUGAUGAGCUCCACUAUGAGCCUCAGGCAGGACUUCAGAGAGGAGAGCCACCGACACUCAGCCUCGCUCACAUAUGUAGAGGAGAUCAGCUGGCCUGGCCUGGGAGCUGUGCGGUACAAACCACAGGCUGACGGAAUGGAUGAGAGCAGGAGGAAGCAGGAGCUGGAAAAAAUCAACUCUGAGCUGCUGAGGAAGCUACAAGACCUUGACACGGACAUCAUCUUCUCCACUGGUCCUGAGUUUGGAGCGGAGGAGGACUGUAUCUUUGUGGGCAUGGUGACUGAUGACGUCGAUGUUUCAGAGCUGGUGGAUACCAUCGCUGCCCUAGGGAGGGACAUCGAGGAGAGUGGAAGGCUGUUAGAGAACAUGACAGAGGUGGUGAGGAAAGGCAUCCUGGAGGCUGAGCUGCAGCUGCAAAAGGCCAACGAGGAGAAACUCAUGGAAGAGGGGAUGCUGAGACAGCUUCCUCUGGUCGGCUCUGUUUUAAACUGGUUCUCUCCAGUUGAAAGCUCCAUACAGGGCAGGACCUUUAACCUGGCUGCAGGUUCCCUGGACUCCACAGAGAAGACGUACUCCACGAUGGCCCAGACGGACAGGCCGUCCCAGCAGGAAACUCCCACCUCCUCGUCAAAGAGAAUGCCAGGUCAGAGGUUAUUCCGGCGCUCAGGGGCGAGCUCCGACUCCUUAAGUGAGACCAGCUCCAUUGGACCGUCUGAUGAGAAGACCCAGGAGGAGAGCACCACUGUGAGCAGCAGCAUCCACCCUACCACCUCUGCACCUGAACCAGAGGAGGACUCACUGCACCUUGCAAGUGAUGCCUCACCACAGAAAGUCCAGGAGUCAUGUGAGCAAACGCACGACACACAUGUAGAGCCUGGGGAGGCCUCAGAGGAGAGGACGCCUGAAGGCCAAGAGGAGGAGCAGAGCAGGAGAUAGGACGACCCUCGAUGCAGGUGUUUUCCAGUCUUCCUCUAAAUGGUACCAGCCUAAGAGAUGUUUAAUAAAAAAGCUUUAUUACUUUGUGAAUCUAACUCUUCCAGUUUUGAAGGAAAAAAACUAGAUUGAGAUGAUGGGCUGCUUGUCUCAGUUGUAUGUUUCAGGCCCUAGAGGAUGUCUGUUAAAGGAAAAGUCCCCCUGGAUAUACUGACAUAUUAUACUUAUGUAGGCAAAGUGUUUUAAUAUGAUAUUCUUCCUCUGCCAGUGGCUUAGUGUCGACUCCAACAUAAUUUUGAAUUCCUUUUAAUCACUCCUAAAAAGGGACAUGGCCGUGUGGUUUGCUGUUUUGCAAUUAUGGGUCCGUGGCGUAGUCUGUUGAGGUAUACUGCACCUGCCUCCUGUGUGCUCACUCUUCCCCAUGUGUGAUAGUUGCCUUUACAUCCAUGUUUUCACGUUAAUGGUAAAUGAUCUGUUGUCCUUUCUGGCUGCACUAAAACUAUUUUCACUGUGGCACGACAUGACUCGUGUCUUCUCUGAUUUGCUUUGUAUUCAGGAACACAUGUACACAUAUGGAAGUGUACAUGCUUUGGGAUGGAUUUUUCCUUUGAACAUUGGAUGGAGGAGAGUUCAGAGAACGUUCAGCUCGGUGUUGUGCUGCUCUUUACCUUGAUCACUCUGUUACUGGAUUGUCGAGCAGAAUAAUUAGCCAUAUCACACACUGAUGAUGAAAUUAUUUUUUAUUUGAUUUUAAGAGAAAUAUGAGAAUUUAAAUUCACUUGAGCACUCAUCAAAAUGAAUGCAAUGAUUAUCACUACGAUUUGUUUGGGAAAUGUUUACUGCAAAUGUUUAGAGUCCUCACUGUAAAUAAUAUACCCGCUAUAUAUAUCUAACAUACCUAAUUACUCAUCUACAAUAAAAUAAGUUAAAAUGAUCAAUCUGUGUAUGAGGAAGAGAAUAUCAUCUAUUUAAUCUAAAUGACUACUAACAGCCAUCAGCUGCUUCCAAACUCUCCCCUCGCGUAUGCACUGCCCCACAUCACGACGAUGGAGCAUCAGAGUCCCUGCUGGAGGGAGAAGAGAUGUUCAAUAUAAUAUUCAGUCCAAAUUCUGUGAGAAGUCCGAACAUCUGUUUGAAUCAGAAUCAGAUACACACCCAGAAUUUCAUCUCCGUGUGAAUGUUUUGUUGUGUUUGCCAGUAAUGCUACCUGAGGAGCAUUGCUUGGCAUGUACAGUAUUUACUGUAUGUGGAAGUUUUCUUUUUUGCCAGAAACAGACAGACCUGAGUCAAACCACUUCCUGUUGAGAUGGUUUUAAGUGCCACAUUAGAGGGCCCAACCAGUUUUCUCUUUUUCUCACAUUUUUUGAAGAACUCAGUCGAUUAUGUUUGUCUAUGAAAUUCUCUCGUCCGACACUGAUGGCCCAUCUUUUGCUCUUGUUUGUAUAAUAUUAAUAAUCUCGGGCAGCACAGGCCGAUUGUGAGCAUGCUAUGUGCACUUUAUUAAUGUUUUUUAUAACUGAUUCUGUUCUACAUGACUGUUGAUAACUGUUUGAUGUGUCUGUCACACCAGGAUAAGUUCACAGACAUUUUGCAGGUGAGAUCCUGAAGACUGCUGUACACUGUGCGGUUUUGGCCUGUCCCAAAUGAAAGUCAGUCAGUCAUAAGUGCAACAUGGUGGUUUUGACUUCAAAUGGCGCUCCACUGUGUAAUGAGCACAAAGCAGCCAAUCAGAAGAUAGUAUGAAAUGACAAAAACCAUAAAUAAUUUUAACUGCCUGUACACACGUUGUCCAAGAUCCUAGUCGACAUCUCUCACAGUGUAACAAAGUGGUAAGAUCACUCUUGUUGCUGAUUUGGUAGGAUCCUUAAUGUUUCACUGAUGGUAAUGGAAAUUCAUUUUAGCAAAGGCAACCCAAGAAGAACAGCAAUAGGGUGUCAUGAAUACACACACACAUACAGUUUAUGAUAAGAAAUAGAGCCGAUGCAAUACCCAUAAUAGGGAUUGAAAAUUUCCUAUACAGACACAAUUGGCAAACAGUAUAUAUCAUUCCUAAGAUGUCCCAAUCAAAUAUAUAGUACUUGAAUAAAGAAAAUAAACAUAUUUUAUAUGUAAAAAAAAAAAGAAUCUGCAUAUUCUGUGAAAUAAGUUUUCAUAUGGGCUUGUAUUAACACUGACCCUUUUGUGACAGGCUCAUAUCUGCUGACUUUUAUGGGCUGUAUAAUAAGAAACUGUGAUUGGAACUUGCAAAACAUGCAAACGCCUGUAAACAACAGAAUCAGAGGGCGAUCAUUGUUGUUUUAUAUUACAACUGUAAUUGAAUGGGAGUGAAUGAGCCUCAUUAGUUGGUGUAGAAUCAUCUGUCAUGAUGCCGGAAUGUAAAAUGUGUGAUGUUUGAGGAUGAAAGCUAUAAGAUGUCAGGUCUAAGUGGAUAAUUUACUGGAAGGAACACAGUGGCGAUGAAGAUUACAAAAGAUUUCAGCUUUAUUGCACUUGCUCUGUCAACUUUACUACUGUUCUUUAUUUAAUUUCUUAUAUGGUGUAAAUGAAGCAAUGUCUCCUCUGUGAUUAUUUUUGUCAUUUGAUCGUAAUGCAAGAUAUAGAUAUUGAUGAAGAACGUUUGGUUUGAUUUGAUAUGAAAUGUCCUGGACCGUCCUGCUUCUGUCUGAAUGAUUACAUUUCAUCAGUGUAAAUUCUGUCUCUCAACAGAUUAAAUUCUAAGUUUUCUAAUCUUA